UGUCCGCCAUUUUGUCAGCCAUUUCCUAGACGGGUCCGCUGCAGAUCAGCACUUACAGAAAGAGCGAAACCCCUCCUGCACAGGCCGCUUGUUCGGGACUGAAUGAGCGACUAGAGCUCCAACGGGCCGGUCAGCACUCAGAAAAAGCCCGUGUUCGCGGUUCGGUCCGGUCGGACAGGAGGGAAAUCAUCAUGGCUCUGAAGAUCGUGAAGGGAAGCAUCGAUCGGAUGUUCGAUAAAAACCUGCAGGAUUUAGUACGUGGCAUUAGGAACCAUAAGGAAGAUGAGGCCAAAUACAUCUCUACGUGCAUCGAUGAGAUCAAACAAGAACUCAAACAGGACAACAUCGCCGUUAAAGCCAACGCCGUCUGCAAGCUCACCUACUUGCAGAUGCUCGGCUAUGAUGUGAGCUGGGCUGCUUUCAACAUCGUGGAGGUCAUGAGCUCCUCCAAAUUCACUUAUAAGCGAAUUGGCUACCUUGCAGCGUCCCAGUGCUUUCACGAGGGCACUGAUGUCAUUAUGCUGACGACCAAUCAGAUCCGCAAGGAUCUCAGCAGUCCAAACCAAUAUGACACCGGUGUGGCUCUGACUGGCCUGUCCUGCUUCGUGACCCCUGACCUCGCUCGUGACCUCGCCAAUGACAUCAUGACUUUGAUGUCGCACACCAAGCCGUACAUUCGCAAGAAGGCUGUGCUGAUCAUGUACAAAGUGUUUCUGAAGUACCCGGAAUCCCUGCGUCCCGCUUUUCCUCGACUCAAAGAAAAGCUGGAGGAUCCUGAUCCCGGUGUCCAGUCAGCAGCUGUGAACGUCAUCUGUGAACUGGCCAGAAGAAAUCCUAAAAACUACCUGUCGCUGGCGCCCCUGUUCUUCAAACUCAUGACUUCCUCCACCAACAACUGGGUUCUCAUCAAGAUCAUUAAGCUGUUUGGUGCUCUCACUCCUUUGGAACCUCGUUUGGGAAAGAAGCUGAUUGAGCCCCUAACAAACCUCAUCCACAGUACCUCGGCCAUGUCACUUCUCUAUGAGUGCGUCAACACAGUUAUAGCAGUGCUGAUCUCGCUGUCUUCUGGGAUGCCCAAUCACAGUGCUAGCAUACAGCUCUGUGUGCAGAAACUGCGAAUCCUGAUUGAAGACUCGGACCAGAACUUGAAAUACUUGGGUCUUCUGGCCAUGUCAAAGAUCCUAAAGACACAUCCGAAGUCUGUGCAGUCACACAAAGACCUGAUCCUGCAAUGUUUGGAUGACAAAGACGAGUCCAUCCGCUUGAGAGCCCUGGAUCUGCUCUAUGGCAUGGUCUCGAAGAAGAACUUGAUGGAGAUUGUGAAGAAGCUCAUGCUGCAUGUGGACAAAGCUGAAGGCACGACUUACAGAGAUGAGUUGCUCACCAAGAUCAUCGACAUCUGCAGCCAGAGCAACUACCAGUAUAUCACCAACUUCGAAUGGUACAUCAGUAUCCUAGUAGAACUGACUCGUCUCGAGGGCACCAGGCACGGCCAUCUAAUCGCCUCUCAGAUGCUGGAUGUCGCCAUUCGCGUCAAAGCCAUCCGAGCCUUCGCUGUGGCUCAGAUGGCCACUCUGCUGGACAACGCACACCUGCUGACUGGCAACACGCAGCGCAACGGGAUCUGCGAGGUUCUCUAUGCUGCAGCAUGGAUCUGUGGAGAGUUUGCAGAGCAUCUGGAGGACCCCAUGCUGACGCUAGAGGCCAUGCUGAGACCCAAGGUGGCCACUCUGCCUGGUCACAUCCAGGCGGUGUAUGUGCAAAAUGCUGCCAAGCUGUUUGCAACAGUGCUGCAGAAGCAUGAAGGGGAGACGGACAGUCAGGCCGCUCAGGAGACCAGCCAGCUGCUUAUCGACAGACUGCCACUGUUCGUCCAGAGUGCCAACCUAGAAGUGCAAGAGAGGGCAUCCUGCAUCCUCCAGCUGGUGAAGUACAUCCAGAAGCUGCAGCAGAAGAAUGUGGAGGUGGCUGAGGAAGUGACGGCCCUCUUUGCUGGAGAGCUCAACCCGGUGGCCCCCAAGGCCCAGAAGAAAGUGCCUAUACCAGAAGGUCUGGAUUUGGAUGCCUGGAUCAAUGAGCCUCCAUCAGAGAGCGAAUCAGAGGACGAGAAGCCCAAAGCGGUGUUCGCUAAAGAAGAACCCAAGCAUUCCAGAUCGAGACACACUGAGGUGGAUGAGAAAGAGCUGGCCAGGAGGAGGGAGGCAAGGAAGCAAGAACAGGCCAACAACCCAUUCUACAUCAAGGCUUCACCAUCAUCGCAGAAGGUUUAUGAUGCACCAGGAGUUGAACACAUCCCAGUGGUGCAGAUUGACCUUAGUGUGCCUCUCAAAGUCCCAGGGAUGCCCAUGUCUGACCAGUAUGUGAAGCUGGAGGAGGAGCGCCGGCAGAAGGAAAAGGCAGACAAGAAGAAGAAGGAGAAGAAGAAAAAGAGGGAGAAGCGAGGGAAAGAGAGGAAGGGGGAUUCUGGUCCCGAGAGCGAGGAGGACAUCACACCUGCUCACCAUGUGGACAUAGUCACAGAGGAAAUGCCAGAGAAUGCCUUACCGAGUGAUGAUGACGAUAAAGAUCCCAAUGACCCUCAUAAAGCUCUGGACAUCGAUCUGGACAAUCUGCUCUCUGGUGCUGGAUCGCGGCCACUUGCAGACAGCGAGAAGCUUCCGGUGAGGACCCACCGUCCAGAGGUGCUGAAGAGCCCUGCGGAGGACAGAGACGAUGACACUGUCCCACAGGAGACCAAGAAGAAGAGCAGCAAGGACAAGAAGGAGAAGAAGAAAGACAAGGAGAAGGACAGAAAGAGGAGCAAAGAGGAUAAGAAAAAAAAGAAGAAGCACAAAGACGUGGAGGAGGAUCUUCCCGAGUCCCUUCCUGAGGAAGUCGCCCAAUCAGAGGAGACCAAAGAGGUGGCUGCUCCGCCCACAUCUGCUGACGUAUGA